ACAAGGGUUGCCGUGGCAACCGUAACCCAACGUAACGUCCGUUCAUUUAAAAAGACUACAGAGGCAAUGUAAAUGCUGGUCCUGUUAAGAGAGAAGAUGGAGUUGGAAAGGACGGUGACUGUACGCUCGACCUCGAGUCGCCAUGAAAAAAGUUUGGGGCUCCUCACGAUGAAGUUUGUCAGUCUUCUGCAAGAAGCUAAGGAUGGCGUUCUUGAUUUAAAAAUGGCUGCAGACAGUUUGGCAGUGAAGCAGAAGCGGAGGAUUUAUGACAUCACGAACGUCCUGGAAGGUGUGGGGCUAAUCGAGAAGAAAAACAAGAACAUAAUCCAGUGGAGGGGGCAGAACAAUGGGAGCCCAAGUCAGGAGAUGUUGGAGCAGAUCAGAGUUUUAAAAGCCCACAUCGCUGAGCUCGAGGUUCAAGAGAAGGAGCUGGAUGACCAGAAGGCCUGGGUGGAAGAGAACAUCAAACACCUCACCCAUGAUCCAGACAUCCGUGCCUAUAAAUUUGUGACGCACGAGGACAUCUGCAAUUCUUUUAGUGGAGACACUCUUCUGGCUGUUGUGGCUCCCUCUGGAACCCAGCUGGAGGUGCCACUUCCUGAAAGGAGUAAAAGUGGUCAGAAGAAAUACCAAGUGAACCUGCGGAGCCACUCUGCUCCCAUCCAAGUGAUGCUCAUCAACAGAGAGUCCGGCUCCAGAGUCCCUGUGGUCUUUCCCGUUCCACCCACUGACAACGUUUGUCUGAUGCCAACCCCGCCCAGCACGCCCGCCAGCCUGCAGAAGCUCCCCCUCCUAAACUGUGCUGCCACUACACCCAACCCCACUUCCUCCUGCUGCAGCCAGGACUCCGUCUCCUCAGACCAGCAGAUGGUGCUGCCAGACCUUGAGGAAGAGCUCACUCCAUCUUCCACCCCCGGUGACUUGCAGAUGGAGUGUCACAGCGAGUCGGCAGCAGUCGUGUUGGAGCAGCAUCAAAUAGACCUGGAGGAUCCAGAGUUCCAGUCCGUCCUGGACGUUAGCAGCCUGCUGCGGCUCAGCGCAGGCGCUGACAGCAUGAGGGACGACCGAGAGGGAGCUGUUGACCUUAUUGAUGAACUAAUGUCUUCUAAUGGUAUAGACUACAGCUUCAAUCUGGAUGACGGUGCAGGAGUGUGUGACCUGUUUGAUGUGCAGAUCCUCAAUUACUGAUCUCUGCUGCCUGACACAACUCUGCUGCCCUCAUUUCACACGCCUCCAAGAAAUAUUUCCUGUUAUGUUGUUAUUGCACAGCCAGUACUUCAUAUUGUUGCCUUAAAAAAAACAAACAAACAAAAAAAAAACAGUCACAUCUUUAGACUGCACAGCUGUGCGCCAGACACAGCUGUGCACCAGAUACGAUACACUGGCUUUUGUCAACGACGCCUGGCACCUGAAUGCGUUCUUCAUCAGAUAUAUACAUAUUUUUAAGGAAGCCACAUGUUAUGUCUUUACUAAGACUUUAAUGGUUUUCUGGGUAAAUAAAAAAAUUCCAGACAGAUAACGUGUCUUAGAAGUAAAGUAAGAUUAAUCCUACAGCCUCAUUAUAUUUUUCCACAUUCACAGGCUUUAACACGCUUAUGACCGUGUUUUUGCCUAUUUUUCUUACUACAACUUAUUCUUUUGCGUCUGGUUUUAUUUAUUUUUUUUAUUUCAACCAAGGUUGGGAAUGUAAGCUCUUUUUUUCUUUUAAAGUAAAAGCAUCACUUGUUUUACAGUUCUGAUUCAGAAACAUCUGAUAUUUAAGGAAUAAAUGUUUUGGCAUCAUUUUGUUACCUUAUUAUUGAGGAGGGGGAGAAAGCCAGAAAGUUUUCCUUUCUAUAUUACUGACACUGCCAGGUUAGGCCUCCCUUUUUCACAGCUGUAUAUUUAACUACAUUUUAUACUUAAUUUAAGUAAUGGAAGGCUAUUUGUUCUAGUGUUUUGUAACUGAAACUAGGUUAAAUGUCUUCAUUUAAAUAACUGAGUUUGCCAUUUUUCUAAACUGAUGACUAUUCAGAGCCCUGAAUGACAUUUCUGUGUAUUUGUUUUCUAAUUAAAAGAAGUCAUGUUUCAUUGCA